AUGUCUUCAGUAUCAGAGGCCGACUCCAGCUGUAAGCAGGGAGAUACUAUCUGUGAGAUCCGUGUGUACGAGCAGGAGGUGAUCGUUGUGCCCGUCCUGCUGCUGGCCGCCUUCCUGGUCACUCUGGUCUUCAUUCUCCUGCUGCGCUAUUGUCCAGAGAAAGUCGAUCGCAUCCAUCUAAAGGCCUCAAAGCCGACCACCAGGAGGGUGCUGCAUGGCAUCGAUGCUCCACCAGGUAUCAAUGUCAUGGAGCAUGAGAGCAUUGCGUUGGACAUGCCCAGUACCUACUCCACCUUCAACGCCCCCACCUCGCACCACUCCAAAAACCCCUCCAGGUCUGUGGCCACAGCCUCCCGCCCAACCAACCCCCCACCGCAGCCCUUCAAGCCCAAUUUCACUCCCAUCGUCCAGCCCAGGGAGUUGCCCCGUCAGAGGCUUCCUGAGUCCUUCAACCUGGUCGCCCCUCUGCCUGUGGCCUUCUCCCUGCGGUCCGACACCUCUGUGUCCCUCUACAGGGCCCGAAUGGAAAACAGGAAUGUUGUGCUGCGAGUCCUAAAAGACUCUGCUGAUGCUACAGAAAGACACAGCUUCCUGGGCUUUGCGUCCUUCCUGGCCCAGCUGGGGCCACAUCCCUUCCUGCCAGAGCUUCUUGGUGUGGUCUCACUUCGAGCUCCUCUGGUUACAGUCGUGGAAGAGCUGGAGAACAGAGACCUGCUCAGCUUCCUUUGGAGAUGCAGAGAGGAGCAUGUGGAUCCUCCAUGUGAGAUGACUGAAAGACGAAUAUUUACCAUGGCCAAACAGGUGGCUUCAGCACUGGAGUUCCUUCACAACAAAGACCUUCUCCACGGAAACAUUCGUGCCCGCAGCGUACUGGUCACCAAGGAGUCCACUGCAAAGCUUUGGGGCCUGCAUGGGGUCUACACUAGGAAGAACCAGGGAGCCACGCAGAGAGAUGAUCCCGGCAUGAAGAAAUGGCAGGCACCAGAGCUGCUAGCCAGGAGACCUGCCAGUCAGAGCAGCGACAUUUGGUCAUUUGGCAUCUUACUGUAUGAAAUGGCAACACUGGGUGAAGCUCCGUUUGCAGAAAUCUCAGUUAAUGAGCUUCUGCAGUUUCAUCAACGAGGGAAAAGUCUGAAAAAACCUUCAAACUGUUCCAACACGCUGCACUCCAUCAUUAAGGGUUGCUGCCAGUGGAAAGAUCAGGAUCGACCCUCUCUGGCUGAAGUGAGCCGCAAGAUCCUCUCAGCAGAGAAAAAUGCCUCUGACAAAGUCCUCAAGGUGUCUGGGACGGUUAACAUCGAGCAGUACCUGCAGGAAGCAGGAUUCGGGGAAACCAACAGCUACACGGUUUUCUGAUCAGUUUUCUGCCGAUGUCAGCAAAAUAAAUUGCACUUUUCUCUCCAGUGGUACCCCAUCGGUGCACUUCUAUCAAACAAUAUCUGCCAGGUGCAAUAAAAGUGUUCAAACUGUGUUUAUGAGAGCUUUGGGCACUAAAACUGUUCUUUCAUUUUUGUAAUGUAUUCUACUACUUCAGGUUCGGAAACAAACAAAAAAAAACUGUAUGCCAAAUAGGUUAACUUCUGGGAACCAUUCACUGUCCUUUAAGUAAGACCUCAUAAAUAUGUGUAAAUACCUAAGUCUUUGAGGUUUAGCAAGGGAAUAACAAGCAGUUAUUUUGUAAUAGUACUCUUUCAGAUAUGUAAACUUGAUCAAUGUACAGCCGCUGCAUUCUGAACUUGUAGUCGAUACUGUCAACUUAUGACGGUUUACAGAUCUUGUAGAAGCAAAUGUAUAUUGACAGAUUUAAUAUAUGCUAUUACCACGUUUUGUGUGGUUCUAUAUUUGGAAGCUGUGGAAAUGAAGGGCAGAUAGAAGGUAUUUAUGCUAUUAUUGAUCACUGUCUUUUCUAUAAGCUCAGCUCAUGUGAACAUCUGUGAGCAACAAAUGAGUUCAAACUGUUUA